GCUUUUUUCGCUUUUCCUCUUUUUCCUCUCAGCUCAGAGCAAUAUCCCAGCUGAGGUACGUAGUAGUUCAACCGUAUUACUAGGGCUCUUCUGCAACAAAUCAUGUUUGUUUUUCGACUCAGUUCAAAGGAUAUUCAAUUAAAUAUACUGGAUUCGUCGCCGGCAGCCAUGGAGUUCUUUGUGUUGUUUGUGCGAUUUUUGGAUGAUUGAGAAUUCCCAGAUGGAGGUCGUCGGUGCCGCCACCACUGAAGAAGAAGAGGAGAUCAGGAGGAAAAAGUACCCAUCAUUGCCUUCUAACUACGUCUCCCUGACCCAGCUCCAAGAGCGAUGGCUUCAGCAGCAGCAGCAGCAAAAGCAAGAACAGGAAAAGAAAGAGCAUCAACAAGGGAAAACAACAACAACAUCAUCAUCCCAGAAUCAACAACGACCGGAAAAGCUGAAGGAAGAGUUUGAUGGACAGAGGAGCAAAAAUGGAGAGCGAAGAAUUGAGGGUAAAAGGGAGAUUUAUGUGCCUCGGAGGCGCGUAUUAGGGGAUGGAAAUCGUCCGGGAGGAAUUGGGGCCGAGGAUAGGGAGUCGAAACGGGGAGCUUUUUUGAGGGUUGAAAGAGCUGAUAGCAGAGUAAUGGAGAACAGAAUUAAGGGGAAGCAAAAGACGUACUACAACCGGGGUAAGUCCAAGAUGAGGAUGAUGGCUGGGGCCCCAACUGGAAGAGAACACGAAAAUAUGAGAAAUUCCGGCGGAGAAAAUGGUCGAUGGAAAGAUGAGGGGUCUAAUUGGGGAGAAUUGCAGAGAAAUGAUACCACCGGGGAUGAUAGAAGGGCCGACGAAAACUUGGGUGUGCGCCCCCUAGAGGCAGUGGAUGAGGAAAACAGGGGAAAACAAGUGAAUGUCGUCAGUAUAGGUGGCGAGAAAUGCAUUGAUCACGAGGCGUUUGGGGGAGGAGUUUGCAGGAGAAAUGGUGAUGAUGAUUGCGGAAUGGGAGGAAGUUUAAGUCGGUGUAUGGUGGAAAUGCCGCCGGAAAAUGAUGAGCAUAAGGAGGAAGUUCCUGUACAUUUGUUAACUGCUGAUGAUCAAGCUCCAGGAAUCGCCCAAGCAGCAAAUGUGAGUAUGGUGGAGGUGCUGCCAGAAAAUGUGGUACAGGAGGGUGUUUUAGUUGGUAAUGGGAGCAAACACAGUCAAGGGAGGUUUAGAGGUCAUUAUCGGGGAAAUUUCCAUAAUAAUAGGAAAGAAGGAGUUUCUGAGGAGGGUAGUAAGGUACAAUUGGGACAGGGAAAAGAUAAGGAGGUAGAGGAGAAAGCUUUGUGUGGUAAAAGCGAAUGGAAUGGUGACCAGAUUCAGAGGGGGAGGACUAGAAGAGGGAUUCAAGAAGGAUGUGCAUAUAAGGAGAGGGUUUCAAAUAAUUUGAGGCCAAAUAUUAGAAGAGACUUUAAGGCUUUGUCACUAAAUGACAACAGAGAGGGAAACUUGACAGCAACCAAGUGGCUACGUGGUGGGCGGUCGGGGAGAUGUAGAGAGUCAAGAGAUGGUGGUCUUGUUUGGAUGCCAAAAGGGGGAACCUCUGGAAAGCUAUGCAGCUCAAAUGGGACAACUCAGGUUCAUCGAUGAAGUCUGGAAGCAAAACCAAUUAAUACUCCAAGUUGAAAAACGGACUUUGGAGAGACCAUUAAGAAGCUUUUAUUGUAGUUACUCGACAACCAAUUGACAUAUUGCAUAUUCUGGAGUGAAAAACAUCGUGCGAAAUUGAUUCAGAAGACGUUAUCUAUUUUUAGCAUCGCAUGUUGAUGCUUUGUAUUUAGGCAUCUUGUAUAAUAUUGAUUCAGGUUUGGACAGUAGAUUGGCAAUGUGAGGUGUCAAGUUUUCUCCUAA